AUACAUACAUGGAAGAUAACGGAAUGGGGUUUAGUUUACACUGUGAACCAUACUCCAGUUUCCAGUUCAACCAUCACUCUAUUGUCUUCCCUUGAAAACUCAUGAAAAUUUUAAUUUUUAACAAUCUAUCGACCAAAAAGUAAUAGCAAUUAAAAGUAGAAGAACCAGAAAAAUAAAAAAUGUCUGCUUUUCAUGUCUCAAAGUUAAUCAUUACUUCGCAAGCCUCAGCAACUCAUCCAAAAUUUCCCCCUUUUUCUGUUUUCAGAAAAUCUCUAUCAUUCCCUCACUCUGUUUCUCAGUGCCAAAGGAAAAUUGCAACCUUUGUUUCUUCAAAAUCAUCAGAAGCUGGGGAGUUGCCGACCGCUGAAGAUGAGUGGCUCAGCAGACUCCCGGAUAAGAACAAGCCACUUUACUCUCACAGCUUGCCUUGCAUUGAAGCAUGGCUUAGGAGCUUAGGGUUUUAUCAAAGCAGAGAGGACCGUGCUGUUUUGUUGAUUGAAAAACCUGAUUGGCAUGCCCAGUUAUCUCUUGAUAUCACUGAACUUUAUAUAAGGUACUUGAAGAGUGGACCUGGGAAUCUCGAAAGAGACGUGGAAAGGAGAUUUAGUUAUGCAUUGAGUAGAGAGGAUAUUGAAAAUGCAAUACUUGGGGGACCAUAAAGACCUAUAAUUAGUUCCUCUUCAUGUAUAACUUCAUUACAGCAGUUGCAUAGUGUUUUAGAUGUCAAAUACUUUAUCCACUUGCUAAACUUUGAGGAUAUCAGAGCACUGCAAAUUUCUGAUCUUAUGCGUUUUAUCCUUUUCUGGUUGUUAUUUUUCCACCCAUUUUUUUCAUAUCCGUCUUGCUGUGAUGACAUAGUGAUCUUGUCCUAGUUUCUUGGAUUGUGCUGAGCAAGUUAAGGGCAUUUUACAAGUAAAUUGUCAUGGAUUUCAGAUUGAAAGAUACAUAGUCCGUUGUUAUUA